UAUUUCUAUCAGUAUCAAAUUAUACGACACAUGAGAACGUUAUUUUCGCUUUGUUAUAGGAAUAAAAUUUAUUUAAAACUCAAAUACUUUUUGUAUCUAACCCUAAGAGUUGAUACAUUACAAGUGGCGACGAGGAUAUUUUUAGUGAACCUUGAUAAACAUUGUAUUCGUGGAAUAAUCAAGAAUUUACCAUACGACGAAAAAUAUGGCGGCGGAUCACGUGGGACAUUUACGUGAAUUCGAUCCCGAAAAUUCAGAAUGGUCGAUUUUCAAGAAGAGAUUACAAUCUUAUUUUGUGGCAAAUCAAAUUGAGGACGAAAAUCGUAAAAGUGCUAUACUUUUGAACAUUCUGAGUGAAGAUGCUUACAGAUUAUUAUAUAACCUGUGUAUUCCGGAUGAACCAGAAUCAAAAACCUACAAGGACCUAGCCGAACGGCUCACCGAAUACUACAAACCGAGUGGCAGUAUUUUUGGUGCAAGAUUUAAAUUUUAUAACGCAAGGAAAUCUCAAAACGAAUCACCCAAAGAAUGGGCCGCACGAUUAAAAAGUUUAGCUGCUCCAUGUCAGUUCGAAUUGGACGAAAUGAAGGUGUUAUUGAGGGACAUAUUCAUUGUGGCUUAUAAUAAAGGUCCAGUGCAAGAUAGGUUGAUGGAGGAAAAGAAAACUCUAACUUUCGAAGAAGCGGUGGAAGUAGCUUCUAUAAAAUCAGUGGUUCAACCAACUUCUUCGAGUUCCAGUUUCGAAAAUUUCCUGAAGAAAGAGACGGAAUUACAUUUUUCUUCUUCUAAACGCAGACAGAAUCCGGCAGACAAGGGACGCACGCAUGGUUUUUCCGCUGAGGGCGCAGCAGGAACAAGAACAUUUUCGUCACAGCGAGGCAGGAUAGAGACGGAGUCACAGCAGGAUUCUCACUCUGAAAAAUCUCCAAAAUGCACCGUCUGUGGUCGACGAAAUCACGCAUCAGGGAUUGUUUCGUUAUACAAGAGCUCCAUUUGGAAUAGCUUGUGUUCCGGCUAAAUUCCAGAAAAUGAUGGAAUCUUUGCUCAGUGGAAUUCCUGGUGUUGUAAUUUUUCAAGAUGACUUAUUGAU